AUGGCGAAGAGGACCGCUUACUCCAACACUCAACCACGUUACCUUGAAGUGUGGCUAUUCGAGGCCGUGAAUGAUAUUUGGAAGGGGCUGGCUCAACGAGUGCGAGAGUCCCAUCCCGUGGUGCCCUGGGUAGGUGACCAGACGAAGUUGAUGGUAUCCUCGCGCGAUCCGGUUGUCAAUGACGUUGGUCAGUGUAAAGGCAACUGUCUGGGUGUCUUGGGUUGGAAGGGAGACGUCAUCGUCACGAAUGUCACAUUCCACAACAAUCUGAGUGCCUCCGCACACCUCUGCCGCAGUCUCUACAACCGAUCACGGACUUCGACGCACGGGAUUGGUUUGCGAUUUACUGACAGGUUUGCAACUGUCGGCAGUGGUGUCUGUCAUCAGUGUUCCAAGAACAGCCACGAGGAGAAAACCAUGACUCGGAGUGCUGAGUUGAUUGAUGAGGAAUCAUCGGAACCCGAAGCUCAACCUCUUCUGCAAUUCAAAGCCGGGAAGAUGAGAACGAACGAGGAUCAAGGCGUAGAAGCGGACAUUCGAAAGGGGUGUGUUUAUGUCUACCAAACAAUCAGCGACAAGGGUGUGCAUUUUUGUUGGUUUGACCGAAGCACAGGCCAUAUUGAAGAGAACCUUGUCCUCACCCCAGGAGAGGCGGAAUUCAAGCAUGUACCCCACUACUCGACUGGACGUGUGUAUGUGCUUAACCUGAGGGAGCAACAGCGUGGCGUUUUCCUGUGGAUGCAGGAACCUGACUCAAAUAAGGACUCGCAGAUUUGCGAGAUGGUGAACAGGUUCAUCAACUGUCCACCCACCCCUUCCAAUAGCUGGAUGGACUUUGUCCGAGGAGUCCGUGGGCUCUCAAACCUAAGCGACUCCGAGCUCCAAAACAUACUGAUGAUGGGUGCCGCGCUUAAUGACGAAAUUGUCUCUGAUAGCGAAAGUUCUGGACAGGCGUCGCCCGUGCCAACAGAAAGCCAUGCGAACUCCAGUCCUGUGGAGUCGCCGAUAAUGUCUAUGGCCUCACCUACACCGGUCGCCAUUACUGUGCCAAAUUCGGAUUUGUUGUCUGACAACACGACUCCACUCGGGAUGCAUUCGCUCAUGUCCUCUAUUGGAGGGUCAUACCAACGGCCGCACAUCAAUAUGACAGGGGAUCCCGCGGCGGUGUUGGGUCCCGUUCCAGUGCAGGAUUCACCCACUGACUCAGAGGAUCCAGAGUCCUCGUCGGUGGACGAUUUCGUUGACGAUCUCUACACUCCCCGAAUCGAUGCUGCCUUAAAGGCCUUUACAGAAGCCUUUGAAUCGGGUCAAAUGGGACCAGUCAUUGCUCAAUUGGGCCUAGGCGAAGAGGCCACUGAAGCAGCCAACGCUGGUGAUCUGGAGGCUUUCGCAGAAGCGUUGAAUGUGACGUCGUUUAUGGAGCCAACAUCUGAUGAAUCGUCGACUGAGGACAAAGAGGAUUUGGUGGAUAAUGAGGAUAUAAUAAGUGGUGGCGAUAGUGAUGUGACGGAUUCCGCUUCUAUUUGA